UGUCAUCAUCGUUCGGAACCCAUUUGGAUAUCAAUGAAAUGUUGAAGAUGCAAUGUGGCUGCGAAAGCAAUGCACGCAUUAUGGAAAGAGUCGAUGUUUCUAUAUGUGUUUUAUUUGUGUGCGACUGCGUUCCCAUGAUUCACUUGCAGGUCCUUGCUCUCUCUAAGUUGUUGCUCUUCGGUGAUUCAAAGACGUUUACAGUUCCCACCUUGAGCGUGGAUGAACGGCACAUAGUCGAACCUGCAUCCCUCAGAUGUUCUUAUACAUUCCAAUUCAUUUCAUACGAACCAUGAAAUAUGGCCAAGCUCUUCCAACAAACGCCGCUCGCAAACGCCCCACCUGUUAUUGUUGGCGUUUUUGGGACGCCCUGGACGCUCCUUGUUCCGCACGAUCACCAAGGAUCCACGCGCGAAGAUCCCCAUCUUCCCCAAGGACCCCGUUUGCCGGAACUUCUAUGCCGAGCUCCUCCGUUGGCCUUCACGGUACCGCGACUACUACUGCUGCGAGCGCCCAGCGGACGCGGCCAUUGCCUCCGGGUUGCCGGACUGGAAGGGAGCUCGCAACCAUUUGUGGGACCUCAGUGGUUUUCCCGAGGAGGAAGUUCGAAGACUUUGCUUCUCCAUUCGUGAGGUCCUGGAGAUGAAGGGAAUGUUUUUCAUGGGCCGCGUGCGGCGAUCGUUGCGCUCGGCCUUUCAUCGAAAGCAUCCCGGUGAGUGCAUGCCUGCUGCGCCCCUGCGCGCCCUCGGCUACACCUCGGCGGGUGGCUGCUUCGCCAGCAUCGGCCGCAAUGGCAAACCCGUGAGCGCCUUGAUGAAGAUCGGCUACGCAACCGGCAGUGGGAAUGUUUAUUGCAACAAGAUCGUGCUCAUGGACGAAGCGCACAAUUUGGUACGAAGCCAGACUCAGUAUGCAGACCAGCUGCAGCGCUUGCGGCGGCUGCUGUACGAGGCAGAGAAGCUGGUGCUCGCAGGCUUUACGGGGACCCCCAUUUUGUCAGAGCCCAAUGAGGGGCGUCAGCUCUUGGACAUCAUCAAGGGAGUGAAGGCGCCCAGCGGUGAUGAAGGCUUCCUCUCCUCCUUCCCCAUGCGGCCACAGCCACUCUUCCCGGUGUCCCUGCCGCGCGGCCUCCCGGAUGGUGCUCUGACCCUGGCACGCCAGAAGCAGCUCGUGCGGCGGGUGGAGAUCCGUGGGGAAGCGUUGAAGGUCUACGAUCUGAAGCGACGCUUGGGCCUCCCCGGCCGGCGCCUGCGAGCCUACUGCAACGUGAGUAUCUUCCACGCAGCCUUCCAUGAUGGCCGUGCCGGAAGCAAGGGCCGAGUCUUGGCCUAUCCCGAGGAUUGCUGCCCCAAGCUCUUGCAGAUUGCCCAGGCCGUCGUGGCGGAACCCUUGAAGGCGGUGAUCAUGAUCGGACGGACCUCGGGCUAUGUGGUGAUGCUGGAGCUGAUGAAGCGUUUGGCAGCCAAGGCUGAGCCCCCUUUUCAGGUGGCCACCAUGAAUGAGCUCUCCGAAUUCAAUCACGUCUCCAAUCUCCGCGGGCAGAUCUUUCGCGUCUUGGUGGCCGACUCCUUGCAGUGUUCAGAGGGCGUGAGCUUCCUUAGCAUCCGGAAGACCUACCUCGCUGAUGUGCCCGUCUCCCCGAGUGGCUUCAUCCAGCAAUGUGGGCGCUCCAUUCGGAUGUAUGGCCAUCGAGGCUUGCCAGAGGAGGAGCAAACGGUGACCACGCAGCUGUAUGUGUCGAUGCUUCCCAAGUGGAUGCGCUCUUCAUCCUUAGCAUGCUGGGCCUUGAGGGCGCAGAAGAAGCACACCAGGGGAAAGGAAGUGGAGAAGCGAGCGCGGGUUCUGACAGCACGCAUGAACCGCGCAGGCAUCCAUAGCUUGGAAGAGCUCAAGUCACGCUUGGAUGCGCACGGAGAAGCCAAGCAGAGGUCUCUUGGGAGGAUGACAAAAGAAGGCUUGACCGUGGAAGACGUCCUGACUUUCCUUGAGCAGAACGGGCUUUGGGAGGAGGCAAAGCUUCUGCGGAACGCGGACAAGAAGGACAAGGAGAAAGCCCAAGCGAUGGAAGAAUCGAUGCAAAGCCUUGGCGAUUCGCAGCUCACCCGUGGCAACACCUUGGAAUCCUUGGAUCGUGGCAACACCUUGGAAGAGGACGACUUUACUACUGCACUGGCCUCCAUGCUGGAGGAGGCCAUGGGAAAGGAUGAGAUGGGUGAUGCGGAACGACAGCAAGAGAUGGAAGCCUUCAAGGAAGAGCAGGAUGCUGACGAUUUGGAUGGAGAAGAGAAGCGCAAAGCGGCUCCACCCGCGUCCAACGCCGCACCGAGCGCACCGCGCCGAGCAGCCUCGUCCAGCGCGCUGGACGCGGCCGUGGCCGAGCCUCCAGCGGUGCGUCCGAUGUCCUCGCAGGAAGUGGUGGCAUCAUUGGGAGAAGUCCUCCAGGCGCUUCGAGCCGCUUGCCGUGAAGCCGACAAAAAGCCCUUGCUCAAUGACACCACUGCAGAAGCCCAGGCGGAUGCUGCCGACACUGCAGCUCCAAGCUCCGAGGCAAUGCCGACAGCGACCGCAGCUGCGCCCGCAGACGGCGCCGAGGACGGGUCAGCGGGCGAGACCUCCGCCGUACCGAAUGCUGAGAGUGGAGCGCUUGCAGCGCCAGUGGUGGAAGCUGGGGCACCAGAGGCUUUGAGGGAGCCCACCAGUGCGACAGGCUCGCCUGUGGCCCCGGUCGUCUUUGGCGAGGAGCCAUGGCGAGCUCCCUUGGUGGCGGCCUUAGAGAAGGCGCAGCGGGAUGGCAGCGUGGCGUUCCAGUCCGCCAGGUCGGCCGUGGCCAGCUUGGAUCCAGAAUUUAAGGCGCUGACCCUGCACCAGGUGCGUUGCCUGCGCGAUGAGGUGGUGAAGGUGGAAAAGGUGGAAACCUUGCGCAUGGCUGUCUCCAUGAUCAAGGAGGUGAAAGUCAUGAUCUCGGACUUGCAGAGUGUCAGCGUGCAGGCCGCAGACGCUGAGCCCGACGCCGACGCUCCGAUGCCCGACCGAAGCGCCGCCGAUGCGCCGGUCGCGGCGCCCGACGCAGCCGAGACGGCGGGCGAAACGCCGGUGGUGGUGGUGGUGAAGGCCACCAUCAGCCCGGAGGAGCGACAACAGAAGGAGCUCCAGUGGCGACGGCACCUGGGCCGCGCCUUCCGCGAGCUGAAGCGCUCGGAGCACGUCCGCGCGGCGUUGGAGGUGGCAGCGCCCGGCGUCCUGGAGAAGACCGUGGCCGCGGAGGCCAAAGUGGACGUUGAGAAGGAUCCCACCAUCGAAGAAGAGGAGGACAGCGACUUGUUGUCACUGGGUUUGGGCCUGGAACACGUGAAGCGCCUCCACGACGAGCUGGUGCGACUGCUGGAGCUGGCGGAGAAAGGCGCUGCGAAGCCCCGUGCCAUGGUGCGGGCGAUGCAGAUGCUCUACUUGGCCGACUCAGCUAGCGAGGCCAUCGCUUCGCUGAAGCCCGAGACUGCGGACGAGGAAGCACUGCAGCAGCUCUCCGAACGUACAGAGGAGUUUGCUCCGGCGCUGGAAGCCAUGCGCUCGUUGGCCGUGGACCGAGACGUUUUCUCGCACCUGGCAGAUGAGUGGGUGGAAGAGCAUGGCGAGGUCCAUCACUCCGAAAGCGAGGCCUCAGAUCUCAACAAGGAACUGGGGAAGAAGGAACCGGCGCCAGUCGUGCUGCCUAGUGGUUGGCGCAUGGAGUGGGUGAAGAGAAAAAAGAAGGAGAUGCGCGAGUUUGUGGACCACGAGGGGAAUCGCUAUCGAAGCGUCCGGGAGGUGCGCGCCGCUCUGUUGGAGUACGAGGCGCGGCAGGCCGCCCUCCAAGCAGCCCAGAAGGCCGCAGCGGAGGCAGCGGCCGCGGCGGCAGCGGCAGAGGUGGCGCCCAAGAGGCGCCGCCUACGUGGGAAGUGCUCAUCUGCAGCUUACGGUCUUCCAGGCGCGGCUGGCGUCGCGCAGAGCAUGGCCGCAGCGGCGCCGGCUCGCGUGGCCGCAGCGCCGGAGGAGGACUUCGCCGAGGAGCUCAUGAAAGCUCUUGGCCUCCCACCGGACACUCCAUCCAAGUCUUCCACGGCGCCACCAGCACCGUCUUCUUCCGCCACGGCCGGAUCAAAGACACCGCGCACGGGGUGCAAGGUGCGCAUCCUCACCGAGCAGCCUCGGCGACCUGCAAGCGUCCAGCUGGGAAUGCUUCCUGGAGAGUGGUGGAAAGGUCCUUUGCAAAGCCGAGAGCUUUGAGAUCCUUGAGGAGCCCAAUGUCGCCAAGCGCAAGGCUCCCGACCCGCCGAACGCGCCCGUGCGGCGCGGCCGGCGGCCGGGCCGCGGUCGAGGGCAGGCUCCGCCAGCUCAGUUGGACGAGUCUGACUGAGCCGAGCGAAAAAGAAC